UUUUUUUAGAUUCUUUGUUUUAAAUUUAGAGAUAUAUUAAGUGUCUUUGAAACUUAUUAAUAUUUUCAUUAUAAUGAACAUUUGUGGGUAUUAAAAUGAACACAAUUUUAAAAAUAAAUGUAUUAAAAAGUUAAAUAAUUAGUUUAGAUAUUAAACCAGGUAAGAAAAAGAAUUUGGGUAUUAAAAAAUUAACAAAAUUUAGUUAGGAUAUUUUUAUGAAAUUUUCUCUUCCAGAUAUAGAUAUUAAAUUGUAUAUUUACUAAACUAUAUAUAUAUAGAUAUAUAUAUAUAUAUAUAAGGCUAGAUUUUAGCAUUAAAUUCUUUAACUGAUUUAGUUUCAUAUAUUGCAGUAUAUUCCAGAUAAACUUAAUUUACAUAUUUAUAUCAAAUUCAAGAAAAAUUCUUAAACUACUAAAUUCCUAAUAUCACUUUUCAUGUUUAUCUUAUCACAUUUAUCAUAAAGAGAUAAAUAUACAUUUAUAAUCUUAGAGUUAACCGUUAACUUCUAGACUUAGAAUUUAUAGUUUAUGAAUGAGGUUUUGUAAAAUGGGAUUUAAGAUUUUAAUAAAUAUAAGAAUAAAUACUUAAAUCCUUUUAAAAAUUUAAAAAUAGUUUUAAAAAGAAUUUCGAAAAGAAAACUUGAGAAAAAAAAAUUGAAAGCUAAACAAAAGUAUGAUUUUUUAAAAUAAUUAUUUAUAUUUAUAUAUCUAUAAAGCAAGAGUAUAAAAGUAUUUUGCUUCAUUAGUUGGGCCAUAUGUUAAUACUUUAUUAGGGCUGAAUUAGUGGUUUAAUAUUACUCCUAAGUAUUUGUUAUUUCGCCUCAUAUUUGUUUUUUUGUUUAGAGAAAUUCUCUUAGAUAAUCCUUUUUAGUUUAUUUUCACAAAAAUGAACUUAAAGGAAGAAAAUAACCAAAAUAAAUUUUAUUAAAGAAUAAAUAUGCAUUUAUACUCAAUGAGAUGAGAUUUAAGGGAUAGGAUUUCUAAUUUUAAAAAAUUAAAAAUAAAUAUUAAAAUUUUUAAAAUAAAAAGAGCUAUUUUGGUUAUUUUAUUUUUGAGUGCCAUUUUUGUGAAAUUUUUUUUUAAAAAAAUCUAUUUGAAAUAAUUGUCUUUUUGUUUAUUUCGUUACUAUUUUACUCUAUCAUCAUGAGGGGAACGGCAAAAAAUAUCUGAGAAAAAAUGAAAUGCACGUGGAGCGGGGCACUGAUUUUUUUUUCUCUUCACUAAUUAAUCAUUUCAGUUUACGUAUACGUAUGUGAAAUUUCUUAUGUAAAAUACAAUGUUUUUCCCGAGUUAAAUACUUAUAAUUAAAAAUAAAAUUAAUGCUGUAAUAAAAGUUAUAGGACAGUAAUAGGUAAAUGUGUCAUUUCGUGCUUUUCUCUUCCCACCAAAACUAAUGAUUUUCAUUUAAUGGAUCCAAAGCAAAUAUAUAUACAGUAAAUAAAAAUUUAAUUAAAAAACAAAAAGAAAAAAUGGCUGGCGUUGAUAAUGGGAUGUCCAAGGAGGAGGGAGGAGGGAAGCGCCGUGAUUGAAGAAUAAGGAAACGAACUAAAAACGCAGACGAAGAAGAAGCUGUAGUAUUAGAGAUUUGCAGACAAAGCAAAAGACUUUGAAGUCUGCUCUGCUUUUCAUUGGAUCUAUUAAACGUUGUUUCAAGAUUUGUGAAAAAUGGAGGAAGCUAGCUCCUCCUCUAUAGACUCCAUUUUGGAGUUUCUCCGGAAGAACCGUUUCAUGAGAGCUGAAGCUGCGUUGAUUAGUGAGCUUUCCAACAGCAACUCAAGCUCAAAUGGUGUGAAAAGCAAGGUCUUUGAAGGCCGAGACAAGAACCAAGUUUCUGAUGAAUUAGUUGUCAAAGAGAUACAAUGCGGAUCCGCCACUGAGACUCAUCAUCAUCAGCAAAUGAAUGAUGUUUCUGUUCAGACACAAAGUCCCUCAUCAUUAUGGGAGGACAGGUUCACUUUUUCCGAAAGUUUAGUAGAUACCGAGCUUGAUUUACCUCCAUGGAACCAUGCUGACUCUGAGGUGUACAGUAUCGAUCCAAGUAUAACAAGCUUUGUGAAUCCAAGAAGCUCAAAACCAUCUAGUCAUGACAAGGUUCCUAGCCAGGUAUGUCAGUAUGACCAUGGCAAAGCAUCUCAAUCCUUGGAAGAUGAUAGUAUGGCUGCGAUACAAGAAGGAUUUAUCACCACCUCAUGGCCAAGAAGCGAAGAGCGCACAGACCAUUGGAAGGAUUGUUCUGUUACAACUGUUUAUCCAUUGUCCAAAGGGAGCACGUCAACAAAGGAUAUAGGUGUGUCCGUUUUAGACAAAAGGCAAGGGAAGAAAAAGGUUGGCGCGAGUGAUUCAAAGGCUGUUAUUAAGGAGCAGGAUGAUGAUGAUGUGGAGACAGAUCUAUACCUUGGAAAGUCACUUUCUGGCUAUGAAGUUAAGAAUCUUAGCGGCUUUGCAUUUUCUCUGGCUCAUGAUGGUACGAGGGAAGACUUACCAAGGCUGCCGCAUGUGAGAAUCAAGUCAGAGGAUAAAUCAAUGAACUAUACUUCAGAAGAGAAACAUGAGCGAGACGUUUUGGACGAGAAGCUAAUCAAUGCUGAGAAUGGUUUCCUUAUAGGUUCUUAUCUAGAUGUUCCUAUUGGACAAGAGAUCCAUUCAUCAGGUGGCAGAAUAGCUGGGGGAGGAAACUGGUUGUCUGUAAGUCAGGGACUAGCAGAAGAUGCAUCUGACUUGAUUUUUGGCUUUGGCAAUGGACUAGGUGAUCUCGCUGAGCAUUCAAAUGAGUAUUGGGACUCUGAUGAAUACGAUGACGAUGAUGAUGUUGGUUACAUUAGGCAACCAAUUGAGGAUGAGGCCUGGUUUUUGGGUCACGAAGUUGACUAUCCUAGCGAACAUGAGCCUGGAAGUGUUCCUGAUACUCAGGAUAAAAGUCAGACCAAGAAUGAUGAUGAGCAUUCAUUUGCUGAGGAGGAUUCUUAUUUCUCUGGUGAACAAUAUGUGCUAGCCAAAGGGGUUGAGCCAGUUACAACUAAGGAACCUGAUUUAGCUGCUAGAUAUGACGGGGAACUGAUGGAUGCAACGGAGCUGAGUUUGAUGCGAGCUGAGCCUGUGUGGCAGGGACUUGUCACACAUGAAAACGAUCUAGUUUUGUUGAACAAAGGGGAUAACGGUGGUAGGUUCUGUUCAAAGGAUAUCCGCGCAGAAGAUGAUCGAAAUGCUGCAGUUAGGUCAAUUGGUGUAGGAAUCAGUGAUGAUGUUGAUGACAAUGGGAGUGUAGUACCUGAUUACUUUCCUGGAGAAGGUAGUGAAUGGGACCUGGAGCUUCUUCCUCAUCGCCAAGUUGGAGCUACUAGUACUAGUGUUAAGCCUCCACCUGGUAAAGGUGCAAGUAUAAAAAGUUUUACAAACGGUGGGUUCUCCUUUCCUUCUCCAGUACCUGAUGGACAAACCUCUCAUGAAGAUUCCACGAACCCUGUAUGGUCAAACCCUGCUAUGAGAAAUGAAAGUUAUGGACCAAAGGGGCUGACUGAGUCCAAUAGUAUGGUUGAUAGGAAUGGCGAGAAGGUUGAAAGUUCAAGAAGUUCUUCUCCAUCUGCAGUCUCCCACAGUUCUUAUACAGGGAGAGAGAACUGCAAGGAAGAAGAUGAGGAAGAAACUAGUCCUGCGCCGGAAGAAGAUCCUGGGACCUCGUUUGAGGAUGAAGAUGCUAUCGUGGUCCAAGAGCAAGUAAGACAGAUUAAAGCCCAAGAGCAGGAGUUUGAGACUUUCAAUCUGAAGAUUGUUCACAGGAAAAACAGGACUGGUUUUGAGGAGGAUAAGAACUUCCAUGUGGUUUUGAACUCUGUCAUAGCUGGUCGUUAUCAUGUCACUGAGCAUCUUGGAUCAGCAGCUUUUAGCAAAGCGAUUCAAGCACAUGACCUCCACACAGGCAUUGAUGUAUGUGUAAAGAUCAUAAAGAACAACAAAGACUUCUUUGACCAGAGCCUUGAUGAGAUCAAACUUCUCAAGUAUGUCAAUCAGCAUGAUCCUGCUGACAAGUACCAUCUCCUUAGAUUGUAUGACUAUUUCUACUUUCGGGAGCACUUGUUAAUAGUAUGUGAACUUCUCAAGGCAAACUUGUAUGAGUUCCAAAAGUUUAAUAGAGAAUCAGGUGGAGAAGUUUAUUUCACAAUGCCAAGAUUGCAGUCAAUUACCAUCCAGUGCUUGGAAGCAUUGAACUUUCUGCACGGUCUCGGCCUUAUACAUUGCGACUUAAAACCUGAAAACAUACUUAUCAAAAGCUACAGCAGAUGCGAAAUCAAAGUUAUUGAUCUAGGAAGUAGCUGUUUUGAGACGGAUCAUCUUUGCUCUUAUGUCCAGUCUAGAUCUUACCGUGCUCCAGAAGUCAUCCUCGGGCUUCCGUAUGAUAAAAAGAUCGAUAUCUGGUCACUUGGCUGCAUUUUGGCAGAACUGUGUUCCGGAAACGUUCUGUUUCAAAAUGAUUCUCCAGCUACUUUGCUUGCAAGGGUCAUUGGUAUAAUCGGAUCCAUUGAUCAACAAAUGCUUGCAAAAGGACCUGAUACAUGCAAAUACUUCACCAAAAAUCAUUUGUUAUACGAGAGGAACCAGGAGAGUAACAAUUUGGAAUACCUGAUACCUAAAAAGUCAUCGCUAAGGCGUAGACUGCCAAUGGGUGACCAAGGGUUUAUAGACUUUGUGGCACACUUGCUCCAAGUUGAUCCAAAGAAACGCCCUUCUGCGUCAGAAGCUCUUAAGCAUCCAUGGUUGACUCAUCCCUACGAACCCAUAUCUCCAUGAUUGUCUGGUUAUUAAACAUCUUCUUGACCAAAAGUCCAGAAUGGAUGAGAGCUAGUCAAGAAGAAGAUGAAUGGUUUGUUUUUUUUCCACUUUGUUUUUGUUGAAACUCUUCUGAGAGGGUAAAUCUUUCAGACCUUGUUGUAUAUUAAGUUGAUGUAUGACUAUUUACUCAUUUUGUUGUACUGGUAGUUUGUGAAAUAUAGUCUCUUUGAAUUUGAUU